GGUUGAUCUCCAGUCCUGUUACCUGUUUACAUUCUGAUAACCCACCCUUCAUAUUUUGUUGUUCAAAUUUUCAGUUUAAAAACUGCUGAAACCUUGAAGCCUGACUUCCCUACAAUGCAUCAUCAAGCCAGAUUAUGCAACCUUUAUAUAUAACCAUGCCCAAACAUCUAUUUUUGUUUAUUGCUGUCCAUACAGAGAUUAUCUUCUUAGCUCUGUAAUGCGCAGGUAUGCACCUUUAGAUUUGCUGACACCUAAAGUCCUGUGAAUAAAAGCAUCCAGGGGAGUAUUAAGCUUUUGUCCUGCAAAGCUACCAGACUGUCCACAGACUGUCUAAGGGAAACAUUCCAGCGCAUCUGCUACCAUCCACAAUGGCUCAAAAAACUGUGCUCAUCACAGGUUGCUCCUCAGGAAUUGGGCUGGCGUUGGCUGUAAAAAUGGCCACUGAUGAACAGAAAAGAUUCAAAGUUUAUGCUACAAUGCGGGAUCUGGCUAAACAGGAUAAACUGAUAGAAGCUGCAGGCAAUACUGUUGGAAACAUCUUAGAGAUUAAACAGCUGGAUGUGUGCAGUGAUGAAUCUAUUAAAAUGUGUGUCAGUAGCAUUCCAGGAAGGCGGAUUGAUGUCCUAGUUAGCAAUGCCGGCAUGGGACUCAUUGGACCUAUAGAAUGCCAGACCAUCAAAGAGAUGCAAAACGUGAUGGAUACAAACUUCUUUGGGCUGGUCCGACUGCUGAAGGAGAUUUUACCCGACAUGAAGAAGAGAAAAAGUGGCCAUAUCGUGAUUAUUAGCAGUGUCAUGGGAGUACAAGGGAUUUUGUUCAAUGAUGUUUAUGCUGCAUCUAAAUUUGCGGUGGAAGGAUUUUGUGAAAGUUUAGCCAUACAAGCGCUCAAGUUUAAACUUAAUCUGAGUUUAAUAGAACCAGGGCCUGUGGUUACAGAGUUUGAAAGAAAAGUGUUUGAAGAUGGGAUGAACAUGGAUCUUUCAGCUGCAGAUAAAGAAACAGCAGACAUGUUUGUAAAUAUUUACCUGAAAAAUUACAAGCAAAUUUUCCAGACCCUGGGACAAACAGCUGAAGACAUAGCAGAGCAUACAGUGAAGAUAAUUCUGGCCGAAAAUCCUCCUUUUCGCCACCAGACCAACACAUUAUACACUCCAAUUACAACACUGAAAUAUGCUGAUCCAAAUGGAGACCUGCCUAUUGAUACCUUCUACAAAAUGGUUUUUCAGCAUGAUAAGGUUUUCAGUGCGAGUCUUAACUUCAUUAAAAUGCUGCGUUGGAAAAGCAGAAAAAGCUUUGACUUGGGAGGAGGAAGAUCCUCCCAAUGAGCAAAUGGGUGAUUUCAGUCGCCAUGUGGGCUAUUUCACACACUUCUAUGUUUCCUAUGUGGAAGUGCUUUCUGUGUGAGGUGGGAGACAUCUGAAACAGCCCUGACUGAAGCUACAGUCCUAUACACA